CUUCAACAAGGCCUUGUCGUAGGGGAACUUGGCCACAGGGGGACCAUUGAUAGAAACUCCCAUGCAGGCCCCAAAGAGCUCCCCCUGCAGCCUGUUCCUGAGAUUGAAUCCAAGAUGGCUGCAAUCCUAAGAGUUGUACUUGGAGAAGACAAUGUAGUUGUUUUGGAUCUUCCCAAUGGAAUACCACCUGAGCUUGAAGACCUUAAAGCAGAGAUCAAAAGACAGCAUGACUUGUCUGAAAAUUUUAGACUCCAGUUCAGAGAUGCAAGAUUUGACAGUGACUUUGUAAACUUGUCAUCCACGUCCCUAAUAAAAGACAGGAGCACAGUGAAAGUAAUUUAUGUAGCAAAUGAGUCAGGCACUACCACUCGUGAUGGUUCCUUAACGUGCCCUGCAAAUGGAGGACCAUCAGGCCGUCUGCUUCAAGAAUCAGAUGAUACUUUGUCCUCAGCAUCAGACAGACAUUCUUUCCUCUGCCUCAUCCUCAAAUUCACUGUCGUCCACCAAUUCAGGGUCAUCCUUGAGGUUAAAGCCAUGGCCCCAAACCUUCACUAUACCCCAGUAAAUGCUGAAUUCACCCGCAUUACCACUAAACCGCUGGUGUCCACCUUCAUGUUCCAACUGGAUCAUUACACAGAUCCGUUGUUGAAGACCUUCCGAAAGAAGGGGGGAACAGCAGGACUAAAGAUAACAGGGAUCCUGGCAGCCAUGGGCAAGGAUGUUGAUCCUGAAGCACAGCAGACAAUGAAUAAUCAACUUGACAUGGUGGUCUAUGUCAUCCAACAUGAAGGUGCGGAGCCCACAGAUGACCCUGGA